AUGGGUGUUAGUUCACAAUCUCAAGCAACACAAGAAAACAGUGUGAAAUCUGGUGUCUUUCUAUCACCAGCGUUUGUGCUGGAACAAGGAUCUGUCUCUCACAAGUUUUACUACAACAUUGGCUUCCCAAAAGGCCAUAUUGCUAUCAAAAGGAUAUGUGGUGGAGUCCUUAGUACUGUAUAUUUUGGUGUUGGUCCAGAGACCCCAAAAACAAUCAUCUAUAUUCCAAACCCUUAUGGAAUAGAAGUCGGUAAUCCAGUCGAAGUACCUCCUAGAUACGAGGAGAAAUGGAUGCUCAAUUUACAUGCAAUUGAUACACGAAGUGCUGAAGAUAGACUGGGAUGCACUGAAUGCAGGUGUGAUCUUUAUAAUGUUACCAAGGACGAGAAUAACCGAGAUAUAGAGCCAGAUUACAUCGGAGGCUCGAGAUGUUGUUACGAUGGAACAAGAUGCAAGGUGAAAGACGGAUUCCAAGGAUCAAAGAGAAGCUUGUACCUGAAGUACAGAGUGAAGUAUAUUGAUUGGGAUGCCUCUAUUGUGCCUGUAAAUAUAUAUUUACUUGAUAUAACUGAUACAUGGAAAAAGCCAGAAAAAUCGAAUGCCACUGUGGCAAGACAUCACUGCAAGAUAGAAUAUUUAGUGGAGUCAUGUGCGACAUCUGUUGCAAAUGUCGAUUGCACUCAUACAAAGAAGAUAAGUGUAAUAUUUCCUAGUGGUGGAGAUCUCAUCUACGGAGUUUCUCAUCAACAUAUAGGAGGGACUGGUAUGGCACUCCAUGGAGAGGAUGGACGUGUCAUAUGCUUAUCUCUUCCAAUCUAUGGGAAAGGAAAGGAACCAGGAAAUGAAGCUGGUUACAUUGUCGGGAUGUCUAGUUGUUAUCCUAGACCUGGCUCUAUCAAGCUUUCAGAAGGGGAGACUAUAACUUUACUAUCAAACUAUAGCAAUGAUCAGAGGCAUACUGGAGUGUUGGGGUUAUUCUAUCUCUUGGUUGCUGAACCAUCACUGAAACAUAACUCUAUUCUACAUUCCGCAGAUGGAACAGGUGAGAUGGUAAUAUUGCAAAAUGUUGUUGGAGCCUUGUCAGUGUUUGGAAUUGCACUACUUGUUUGUGCUGCUGUUAUUUAUCAACGUCAAAAUACAAGGGAUCAGGAAGGCUAUGAGUCUAUACUGACCCGAAGUUCUCUCCAAUUGGUGACUUUGGUCCCUAGUACGUCGGAAUAAAAGGAAUCAGGAAGGCUAUGAGUCUAAAAAGGAUCACAUAUCUCCCUUCUUUUUGUACACUUAUGUUGUACUUGUAUGUCAAGUUACUGAAUUAUAUGAUUUUGUAAUAUAAUAGAAAUACGGCAAGAAAAGGUCUGUA